AUGGAACAGGCUAUGCGACGUCACUUCUUCCACCAUGGCGGUAAUGAGUACCUUCGCGCCGAGAAGGAGCAAUGUCACUGGUGCCAAAUCCGCACUUUCGCGACGCACGAGCAGUACCCUAUCACCAUAGUCAACACAGAGGACGACACCAUGAUCGACCCCAACUUCCAUUUCAUGGAACGUUCCAUUCGUGGCCAGGAUGUUGAGCCUACUAGGAGCGAGUUCCUCACCGGUUGCGAGUGCAAACGCGAUCUGGAUUGCCAAUACGACCAGUGCACCUGCUUGCAGGAUGUGGAAGACGACGACUCAGGCGACGAGGACUUCGGCUCAAACGAGGAGUCUUCGGGCGAGCCCGAAUCUGAAGCCUGGCGUCGGCGGGAGUAUGGGAAGAAGGCGUAUGCAUAUCACUCUUAUGGCGCGAGAGCCGGCCGCCUACGCUCCAAGGUGCUCACGUCACGGAAUCCCAUCUACGAGUGCCACGAGAGUUGUGUCUGCAGUUCCGAUUGCACUAAUCGCGUGGUAGAGAAAGGGAGGAAACUACCAUUACAGAUCUUUCGCACCAAGAAUAGAGGCUGGGGUGUCCGGAGUACGGUAGAUAUAAACAAAGGACAGUUUGUGGACAAAUACAUGGGCGAGAUUAUUACGGCACAAGAAGCAAAUCGACGACGAGCUCAGUCGCAUAUGGCUCGGAGAAAGGAUGUCUAUCUUUUCGCGCUCGACAAAUUCUCCAACCCCGACUCGUUCGACGAGCGCCUGCGGGGACCCCCGCUAGAAGUGGACGGUGAGUUCAAGUCGGGACCAACACGGUUCAUCAAUCAUUCGUGCGAACCCAACCUGCGCAUUUUCGCCCGCGUUGGCGAUCAUGCCGACAAGCACAUCCACGACCUGGCAUUCUUCGCUGUCCGAGACAUCCCACGCGGAGAAGAGCUCACUUUCGACUAUGUCGACGGCGUAGAUGACUCGGACAUGGACGCGCUAGAUCCAGAGAAGCAAAAGGAUAUGGCACGGUGCUUGUGUGGAAGUAAGGGCUGUUGUUUCUCACGUUCGUACCGCCCCGGUACGCCUUACGCAGAUGGUGCAUCAUCGGAGCCAUCUGCGGGGGCCAUCAAUUCUCAACCAGGCCAAUCCGCAACGGCUGAUAGACCGAAUGGGCAGAACUCCACGAACCACGGCCAACGGACUCGUCAACCUCUGUCACAACACAUAGACAAACCAUUGCGCCGCCAUGAAUGGGUAUCACGGGAUCGUGAUUGGACCCGUGCCGAUCUUGACUUGCAGCGGACCGAAUUCUUCGAUACAAGGGUCACCGGCCGUCCCGAAGUCUGGCAGGUCAUCCGCACCGCCUUGGAGGUCCUUUGGGAGGCUGAUAUCCGACGGGCUGCCGGUGUCGAGCCUAUAGAUGAUGAUGGUGCUGGCGGUCUCGUUACUGCCCAAGGGAUACUCAAAGCCGCCGAAGUCACGCUGCCGACUGGUGACUUGUCCAAUGGUGUAUACGAUUCACUAGGCAAUUACUAUGCACUUCCAGAAUGGAUAGUCAACGACCCAACCAAUGUGGCUGUAGUCAGCGGAACCCAAAGAGACAGCGUCGACAAGGAUGGAAAGGGAGAUGACGAUCUUACGGGUGAGGAUACCACUGAAGAGGUUGACGAAGAUGAGGCUCUACGGCGAAGAGAAGAGAAGGGCAAAGCUGUUGUAGACAUCAAGAAUUUGGUCAAAGUCCGUGCCCGACUGAGCGACACGUACCCUGAUGUUAUCAUUAGCAUAGACGCCGACGAAUCGGUAAGAAGCCUGGCUAGGAAGAUCGCGGAAGAGUCUGGAUUACCAUCUACGAGGCUGGUCCGUGUAGCGUACAUGGGCAAGAUUCUUAAGGAGAAUAUGUCGCUGCAAAGCCAGGGCUGGCAGAAAGAUCAUAUUGUGAAUGCGCUCGUCUUCAACCGGUAG